GGACAGAACCGGUCAGUAUCAGAGCCCAAAAUUUUGGGAGGCGAAGAAGGGAAGUCACUAGUCAAACUGUGGUUGAACAAAGAAACCCGCGAGGCCAUGGCUUCCUUAGGCAACAACAUAGUUUCUACUAAGCAAGCAUGGUUUCCCUCGAACACCUUGUGUUUCCGGCUUGCCUGA